ACCCCAAUCUCUCAUCCAUCUCGACAAACGCCUUCGUCCAUGGACGGCAGCUGCGUCGAGGAAUUGUCGAACGAGUCCGGGAAGCGGCCACCGCCCGCGGCGGCGGCGCCGCUGUACCGCAUGGGCAGCGGCGCCUGCAGCGUCGUGCUCGACCCGACAACGGAGAGCGGCGUCGAGGCGGAGUCCCGAAAGCUGCCCUCCUCCCAGUACAAGGGCGUGGUCCCCCAGCCCAACGGACGGUGGGGCGCCCAGAUCUACGAGAAGCACCAGCGCGUGUGGCUCGGCACUUUCGCGGACGAGGCCGACGCCGCCCGCGCCUACGACGUCGCCGCCCAGCGCUUCCGCGGCCGCGACGCCGUCACCAACUUCACGCCCCUGUCCGAGAACGACGACGACGGCGCAGCGGAGCUCGGCUUCCUCGCCGCCCACUCCAAGGCGGAGAUCGUCGACAUGCUCCGCAAGCACACCUACUGCGACGAGCUCCGGCAGAGCAAGCGCGCUGGAAACGCCAGCGGGAGCAUCGUCGGCAAGAGAAGCCCGCCGAGCUCGUCGGUGUCGGACCGCGAGAUAUUAUUCGAUAAGGUUGUGACGCCGAGCGAUGUGGGGAAGCUGAACCGGCUGGUCAUACCGAAGCAGCACGCCGAGAAGAACUUCCCGCUUAAGAUCGGCAGCGGCAGCGCCGGCAUGCUGCUCAACUUUGAGGACGUUAUCGGCAAGGUGUGGAGGUUUCGCUACUCCUACUGGAAUAGUAGCCAGAGCUACGUGCUAACCAAAGGAUGGAGCCGGUUUGUGAAGGAGAAGAGCUUGAAAGCUGGAGAUGUGGUUAGUUUCUGGCGGUCCAGGGGGCCGGAGAAGCAGCUUUAUAUCGAUUGGAAGCCUCGAGCGGCGGCGGCGGCGGCUUUCGCUGUUCGGCCGGUGGGACAUGUGCAGGUCGUGAGGUUAUUUGGGGUCAACAUUUUCAGAACUCCGGUGGGUUGUGGUGCUGCUGCUGGUAAUGGUUGUGGUGAUCGGGAAGGGAAGAGGGUGAGAGAGAUGGAGUUGUUUCCACCGGAACAGUUUGUUAAGAAGCAAUGUAUAAGAGCUUUGUAGCAUUGUAAUUGUCUUUGCUUUACUUUUCUUUAAUUUCAUGUAACGAAAGUGUACAUUGUGCAACAGAUGGGGAAAAAAAUGAACCUUAGUGAGAGCAAUGGUACGUUUAUUUUACUAA